AUGGCCGAAAAACCACCACAGAGGAUGACGCUGCUCCAUCGGCUGCGAAAGGCCAUCCUGUUCCUCAGGCUGGUGGGUUAUGGUCUUCGCACGUACUACAACUUCUUUUCCCGCAGUCUGUCGGCCAAGAUUGCGAACCGGCUCGCAAAGUCGGACGCAUCCAUCGGUCCAGACGACGUUAAAAACAUUGUCAUUGUUGGAGCUGCCUUCUCGGGCCUCUACGCUGCGCGCCUCCUGGCCGGCGCCGUGCCCCGAGAUGGCCGCUACCGCAUCGUCGUGAUCGAGCCAAACAGCCACUUCAACUUCACCUGGGUCUUCCCUCGCUUUUGCGUCGUCGAAGGCCAUGAGCACAAAGCCUUCAUUCCCUACAGCCCCGACUUUUUUGACAUGGGGCCCAAGGGGCUGGUGCAAUGGGUACGUGACCGUGUGACCAGUCUCACAAGGGAGAACGUGCUCCUGCGGAGUGGAGAGGUGAUCCCGUACGAGUAUCUUAUCAUAGCCACCGGAUCCAACGUCGCCGAUGGUCUUCCGUCCCGCGCCGGCGUGGAGGACAAGGAGGAGGCGAUUGAGCUGCUGAAAGCAAUGCAGGAGCGCGUCAAGAAUGCCAGCCACAUUGUCGUCGCCGGAGGUGGCGCUGCGGGCGUCGAAACGGCCACGGAUGCAAAGGACCGAUAUCCGGGCAAGUCUGUCACCAUUGUGCACUCUCGGCAGGCCUUGAUGCACCGUUUCGGCAACGGACUGCAACAGGGUACCUCGGAAGCCAUGGAAAGACUGGGCGUCAACGUCAUCCUCAACGAGAAGGUGCUUCCAGAGUCUGGAGACGGAAAGUUCAUCACACUGAGCUCGGGACGAAAGAUUGAGUGCGACUGCUUCCCCGCCUCCGGCAUCGUCGCGAGCCUCGCGCCGAACACAAUCGCCCCGUCUGGUCACAUUCGGGUCAAGCCCAACCUUCAAAUCGACGACGAUUCCCUUCCGAAUGUAUAUGUCUGCGGUGACGUCGCCCAGGCCGAGGUGCGGAAUCCCAACUCGCGAGUGGCGGCGCGCCAGGCCGAGAUCUGCGCCGACAACGUGGUGCGGGCCGUUAAGGGCAAGAAGCCCAAAUACGUCUUUACCGAGGGGUUUGGCGAUGGCGUGAUCAAGUUGACUUUGGGUUUGGACCGGUCCAUCACGCAGUAUUUCGAUGGCAAGUCGGAGCUUCUGUUCCCUGCCGAAGAACCCGAUCUUGACCUCAUGUGCAAGGGAACCUGGGCUGCCAUGGGAGCAAGGCCUUUUGAGGAUACUGGCGUGUACUCUGAGUGA